AUGAAAUUAUUCCGUUUAUCCUGUAUCGUACUGAUUGCGAUCCUGGGCCUGAGUGCCUGUAAGUCCACCAAGAAUGCUACCGCCCGUGCUACGAAGAUCGAGCGCCUGUAUCAUGACCUGAAAUCAACGUUGAAAGAUGCCGAUGUUUCUUACACCAAAAGAGGAGGCGUAAAAGUUGUUUACCCUGAAAUAGCUACGUUCGACUUUAAUAAGGAUGUUAUUAAAUCAGAGGCUUACGGUUCGUUCAAAAGCUUUGCUUCGCUGCCUAAAGAUUACCCAACACUUGACAUUGUAGUGAAAGGCUAUACCGAUAAUAUUGGUACUGAUGAAGUAAACCUGAACCUGUCUCAACGCCGGGCUGAUAACAGUAAAGCGAUAUUGGUACAGAAUGGGGUGAAUGGAUCGAGGAUCUCUACCAAGGGAAUGGGCAGCAAACGCCCGGUGGCCAGCAAUAAUACGGAUCAGGGGCGCCAGUCAAACCGCCGCGUUGAAUUCCUGAUCUAUGAUUAA